AUAUAUAUUUAGUGUUCUGUUCUGUGACUUGUGAGAGUCAUCCAGUUAAAACACAGACAGAAAUUUUUGUAUGUAAAUAUAACCUGAUUUGAAUAUUAUAAAAGAAUAAUUACAUAAAUCAAGAUGAAUGCGGAUUCUGAAGAUAUAAAUUGCAAACGGAAAAACUAUAUUAGUUGGCAUGAUUAUUUUAUGGCAACAGCUUUUUUAGCAGCCAAAAGGAGCAAAGAUCCUUGUUCGCAGGUGGGAGCUUGUAUAGUUGAUAGAAAUAAGAAAAUAGUAGGAAUUGGUUAUAAUGGUAUGCCUACUGGAUGUAGUGAUGACGAGUUUCCUUGGUCCAAAGAAUCAGAAAAUGCAUUGGAUAAUAAAUAUUAUUAUGUCUGUCAUGCUGAAGUAAAUGCAGUUCUAAAUAAAAAUAGUGCUGAUGUGAAGGAUUGUACCAUCUAUGUGGGUCUUUUUCCAUGCAAUGAAUGUGCGAAAGUAAUUAUUCAAGCAGGAAUUAAAGAAGUCAUAUAUUUAUCAGAUAAACAUUCACACAAAGCAAGUACAAUUGCUUCAAAAAAAAUGUUAGACGCUGCAAAAGUUGAAUAUUGGCAAUAUCUGCCCCAAAAUAGUAAAAUUGUGAUAGAUUUUAAUGAAAUUGAUUGGAAUAAUAUGAAUCAACUUCCUAAAACUCCAAGAAAAAGUGAUGAUGAGAUGGAUGAUGUUGACAAACCUAUGAAUGAAUUGAAAUUAUGAUAGAGCCUAUUUAAUUUUCAACUUGAAAAAGAUGUAGUUAUACAAUCAAAAAAUGAUAACCAAGGCUAGUGAAUGAUGAAUGAUUUAAAUCUUUGGAUUACAAAGUGAUAGCUAUAUCACAUUGGAAGAAUUUUAAGACUUGUAAUGAAUUUCUAUAAAAUUGAACCACGAAAAAAUUCUAACCUUAGGUUGAAAUUAUUAUAUUUCAUUAUACUCUGUUUCAAAUAUUUCAUUCAAAUUAUAGUAUUUUACUGAAUAAAAUGUAAUCUCUACUUUUUAUAAA